UUUUCAAGAUUUACAUUUUAUGGUAUGGAUUCCAGAAUGUUUACCCCGACUUUGCUUGCUGUGAUUGAGAAGGUAUUGCUUAUUAUGAAAUCUUAUAGCGUGUUUAACAAACAUUCUAUGAAUCCGCCCCAACAGAGAGGAGACGAGUCGGUUUCUCCGCGCCGAGAUAUUCCGAUUGAGAUUGUUGAACGCAACCACGAGGCUCAUGUGAGGCGUCAUUCUGUCUCCCCCUCUCGAAGAAGUUAG